AGUCAGAGGCCAUUUCACACACCAAACAUAAACCUCCAGCUCUUUAAGAAGAAGUAACAGAGACAGAGCUUCACACUGAGGCUCCUGUUAACCACUGUUUUAACCUCCUGUGAAUCAUCUCCUCAGGACUCCUGACAGAGAUCAAUGGAUAACAGCUCCUCCUGCCUCUGCCCCACCACGGCCACGCUCUUCUUCCUCCCCACCGUGUACACACUCCUCUUCCUCACUGCCCUCCCAGGCAAUGCCCUGUCUCUGUGGGUGUUCCUGCGGUGCAUCCCCACCGUCUCCCCCACCCACGUUUACCUGUCCCACCUGAGUAUCUCCAACCUGUUGCUGUCCCUCACCACGCCUUUCCUCGCGGCCUACUACGCCUGGGGCCUGGUCUGGACACAGAGCAACGUCCUGUGUCAGGUGGUCCUGCACGGCAUCACCCCUGUGCUCCACAUUAACAUCUACAUCAGCAUCAUAAUCCUAACCUGGGUGGCCCUCAGCCGCUUUGCAGCCCUCAUCCAGCGCACCCACGCCUCCAGGCCUAGCAGCUGCAUCACUCUGCUGCCAAACGCCUUCUUUACCCGUCUCACAAAGGCCUCCUUCGCCAGCAGGGUGUGUUUCACGGUGUGGGCGGUGACGGUGGGGUGCAUUGUGCCAAUUACAGUUUACUACUCAGUGAAGGAGGCCAAGAGCAGCAACACUUCCACAGCAGGCGGAGAUGGAGAAGCUGAGAAAAGAGUGGUGUGCUACAACCCUACAGUGGAAAUAGGGGGACCUGUGUCUGCAGCGUUCAGUGUGCCUCUUAUAACCGUGUUCUUUGUGUGUUACGUGUUGGUGCUGCUGUCCUACAUGACAGUGAUGAGGCAUGUCAGACGCUCACGACGCAGCACAAACGUCACCACCUCCCACUGCCUGCUGGGUAGGGUGCUCCGAAACAUUGUGGUCAUCCAGGUUGUUCUGUCAGUGUGUCUGCUGCCAUACCACAUCUUCAAACCCAUCUUCCUCGCUAUGGCCCAUCAUCGUCAGCGGACACCUGCCGCAAACAGCUGCCAUCCACUCGCCACUUUCGUCGAGCUGAAGAACUGCCUGCUUCUUCUGGCUGCACUGAGAGGUUCAACUGACCCUGUGAUGUACUUCCUCUUAGACAAGACCUUCCGUCACCAGACCCUCACUCUUUUAGGAUGCAACCAGAGCAAACCUGGUGGCAGAGCGAUGCAAGGGUCAAUUACAGGGAGCGUCAGUCAGAGGGCAGGACAGCUGGGGGAUGGAAAUAUGGCUACUAUGGAAUUAAGUCAUGAAAAUGCUUUGUAGCUUUUGAAAGAAAUCUGAUUUUUAAUACUUGUAAGGAGUGAGUGUCAGGGAAAGUACUGAGCAGAUGUAAAAGCAAUCAUCAAAAUGAGUACUUGUACGAAUACAAAAAUAUCUGAUGAAACAAUGACUUCAGUAGAAAGUAACUGAAGAAAAAUGGCGCACUGCUUUAUUUUACGUGGAUUUAACAGACAUCCUUUCAACCACAGGUGGUUCCUCAGGUAAAUAAGUGAACAUACGCCUGUAUUUCUGGACAGUUUGUGAUGAAAUGUCACAGCAUCAUCUCCUGAUUGUGUACACCAAUAAGUAAAGACAUUCUUUAAAUUACA